UACAUAAGGAAAAAAACCUCUUUGGUCACGCUAGAUUUACUGGGCCCAUUUGACAACGUUUGACUUUUUCUAUUGCUGAGACUGUUGCAAGCUAUGGGAUGCCCUUUCCGGAUUGUGAAGUGGAUAAAAGGCUUCUUGCUUCAAAGGUCCAUCAAAGCUGAUGUUUAGUCAGGUAGACCAGGGCGAUCGAUUUUGUUUGACCAGUGGUGUUCCCCAAGGCUCGUCGCUUGCUCCGAUACUGUUUAUUUACACUGCUGAUCUUUUGAAAAAGUUUCAUGAAUAUAUUGGAUUCAUAAGACAAGCGUACGAAGACGAUUUAAUGCAACUAGUCCGUUCGCCGCCGGAAACGGAUAACUGUUCGCGGAUCAAUGAUUUACUUACUGAAUCAUCUACUGCAGCUGAAAUGCCGCGUGCUUUUGAUAAAACCGAGCUCAUGCACUUUACUUUCGAAGAAAUGUUCAGACGCGAUCUCCUACAAUAUUCGGUCAACACAUUAUCUUUCUGUUGAGAAACUAAAAUACCUGGGAAUCGUCUUCGAUCUGAAAAGUUUUCGAAGCGAAAAGUUUACUUGGAAACCACACCAUGUACCGCUGGAGCUAUCGGACCUGUGCUUAAGUACCCAUGGCCGGCAUGGCGCUAUCGCAUUGUGCGCUGUUGGGAAGUCAACUUCUGCUAAGAUCAACAAAUGCAAGCCGACAAGAAUACCGUCCACAGGCACAACGGUCUUGCAAGCGGAAUUGUGUAAGCCGUAUGCAGUGUUUCAGGCUCUGCUGUAUCUCAUCCAUUCGGAUGUACGAAAAGCCUUUGCUUAUUCUGAUUCAAAGACGGUCAUGGAGGGCAUUUAUGCGACAACCUAUGAUUCGUCAUAUUGUUUGGUUAAGUUUUUUUCCAGAGUUCACUGAUAUAUUGCUGAUUAUGUAUGCCUAAUUUUGCUGUUACCUCCUUAAUUUGUCACCUUGACGAUGAGUACGAAUUUUCAUGUACUGGAGCAAUGGUCCUUGCGAUGACUACGCGGUACAUUGAUGCAACAACAAAAACAACGGAGAAUGAUGAAAUCCGAAAGAUCCGCGUCGGAAGGCGAGCGAUUAUGGGAAGAUAUCGGUCCGGCGCAAUACAGCGCUCGAAAGACCGAUUUCUUUCUUCGCGUUCCCAAUGUUGCCCUGACAGAAUGGCAGGCACAUGAAAACAGUGAUUUUGCUGAUGUGAUACAAACUAACGCUAAGCUAGAUGCGAUUCCAAAAAUCUGGUAUUCUGAAGGAAAAUCGGCCGGGCCGCUGGUUACCGAUUUGCAGGCCAUUGUGCGGGAUGAUAUUCCAAGAAAGCAUAGGCAGCGAAAGAAAACCAACCAAUUUUCCCACAGAACCGCGGUGGAAUUAGAGUUCCCGCAACAGGGCAAGGAAACUAUCCACGAUUCCAGCCGCCAUGCGUACGCGGUCGUUCGCUCCGAGCAGAACACAGACCUCCCAUCGGACCUCGCAAAUUUUAGCCAUCCAACACGAAGGUUAUUCCAAACAAAGAAUAUUACCGUCAAAGACCGAACCAGAUUUCCGUCGGAAAUGGGAGAUACGUUAAUUCAAAGGUCGUAUGGCGGUACAAUGUCCCAACUUGCUGUUGUCCCAUUCCCGCAAACUGACCUCUGCGUGCCCACUAACGGGCCGCUGCAGAAAGAAUCUGGUUGCCUGCAGAAGGUCAAAAACCUGUUAAUCAACGAUAACGCUGCUUUUCGCGUUGGACUGCCUUCCGGGUACUCGCUUCGGAUUCCUGCAGUAGCCCUAAAAGUGUAUGACUAUGGUGUGCCGCGUUUUCAAGACAUCGACCCGGCCAUAACAGCCGACGAUGUCCGGGCUCGCGUUCAGAGAGAGGCCGCAGCUGGAAGUGCGAUGGAUUUGCACGAACGAUCGAAGGAUGCUAAAGAGGUGCUGGAACUGUCCAUGCACCUACCGCAAACUGUGGGAGAAGUGCUAGCUACGGAGUUCGUAUAUGCCGAGAUGGAGGACAGCCCUGUUGAGCCAAAAGUGUUUAAAAAGGUUGAUGUCAACGAAAUCAUCCGGACCCAAGAUGAUAAAGCCGGUGAAACGUACGCCUCUUUGAAGAACUGCGUGGAAGAAAUGGAACGGCCUUUAGUGGACAAAUUCGUAUCGGUUCAGGAUGACCAACCGCCAAAGUUUGGCCACACUCAUAACACCAUCAGGCAGUACUUAAAAGAUUAUGGCUUGGAGACGACGGAGCAGGCUCUUACAAAAGAGUGGUGGCUGGAACACCGAAACAAUGAUCCGGAUUAUAAUUUGCCGAGUGUGAUGGACGAAAACAGUCAGUUGCGACGCAGUUAUUCGGUACUGCGAAGGGAAUACGCGGCGCUGAAUGACGAUACAAAGAAAUUAUCCAGCCUAGCAAAUCGCCGUCAGGACAAUGUUCAGUUUUUGACCAUCAACGUUCGGCGAUGCUUAGACAAGAAUGCAAACCUCCAGAAAGAACUCAAAGAUGCAAAAGCAUUAAUUCCAGAAGAUUAUAAAGAAACUCUGCAAAAAAAGGCUGUCAUAGAGAACAAGUACCGGCGUAUGCGACGUCUGUGUGGACACCUACAUGCACGUCUCAAGGCUGAAAAGGAUGCCAUGAAGCUCUUUCAAGAGAAACAAGCAACGCAGAAUCAGUUGCAGCGAAAGGUCAAAAACGCCCGCGACGCCUUGUUCCCGGAUUACCGGGGCACCAACCCGUACGCACUGCUUACCCGACGUAAACCGGUGCAGAUGACGCGACAGAACGGAAUGACCGUGGCGCAGCGGAUCAUGGCUCACAGUGGAUCGGUACUCGAUGUGGCAAUGAAUCCAUUAUCCUCGCUGGCAAUCAGUACGGGUGCGGAUGGAAAGUGGUUCCUGUGGAACACUGGCACAUCUAGCGCGGCACCAGUGCACCACGGCGGCGGACACGCUGGAGCGAUCGGUCGUUGUGAGUUUUAUCCUGAAGGUACGCAUUUCGCAACCGGCGGGUGCAACGAUAUGGUAAAGAUUUGGAAAACUGAAGGCCAGUUACUAACCGAAUUUCAUCACAGAAGCCCAGUGAGUGCCUUGUCCAUUCAUUCCAGCGGGGACUUCCUGCUAACGGGUAUGUCCAAUGGAAUGCUGAACCUGUGGGAUAUGAAGAGCAGCCGGUGUCGCAGCAAUUUUCGACAAUGGCAAAGAACGAGCAGCGGUCACGCUGGCGCCAUAGUGAGCUGCCAGAUUCUGCUGUUUGCUAAUACGGCGGUGAGCGCCGGGGAAGACGGCACGGCACGCUUAUGGGACUUGCGGACGGAAUCAAUGCAAAUUCUCCUGAAGAAUGGAGCUCCGCUCCAAAAAACCCAAGUGGCCACCAGCGGUAACAUUAUGGCAACUGCGGCAAAAUGCGCUGCGGAUAUCCAGUUAUGGGACAUUCGCAAAGCCAACGCCCAGAUUUGUGCGCAAAACUAUUCGCCCUAUACGGUUUGCAGUUUUGAUGUGGAGUCGUCGUGUCACAUGGCGGCCGUUGGGUUAGACAGCGGCUCGGUCAGCUUCUGGGAUCUGGGCAGCGGAGGAUGCACCAUCUACCCAGCACACGCUGCGGUGGUUACUACGGUUCGAUGGGAUAUCUGGGCGGAGCGUCUGCUAACGGGUGACGAGCAGGGAAACCUGUACUUCUGGUCAUAACGACUGUAACUGUAAUCUAACCCUUCGCUUUUUACUUUUGUGCCCGGCUUAACAACUUACAUGAUACCGAUUGCAAUACUGCGAUAAUUUCUUGGAAAGAAUUUCUAGGGUGAAGUUACUGUACUGUUACCAACGCAACCUAAAGAUCACUGUACAGCGCACAUAACUUGAGAAUUCGGAAGGGAAAUAUCCAUAAUAUUGUCAAAAAUGUCCUAAAAUUCCUGCACUAUUUCCUGCUUUUGUUUAUAUAGAUAAGUUAGAUAUCCAUACAUUAUUUCACCCGUAAAAUUCUCAAAACAUGCCGACGAGUAAGCAACCUCCAGUCGGAAGCGAAGGACAUAACCACGAUGGAAGCGACGACGAAAACGACGCAUGCCGCGGACCACCCGGACGACGAGCCAAAGACGAACUGCUCAAAGAGAUCAGGCACUUAGAGAAAUGGGUCCGCAUGAAUUUCGUCGGCAUUCGAAUUGAGCCUCUAGCCGAAGCUUGCCAGCGCGCCAGGGAGUGUGUGCGGGGAUGUUAUGAACAGCUGCAGCACGAUUUCAUGAACACGGACUUCCCCAGAGCUAAAAGAAAAACCUGUGAGGUCCACGGACGCGAAGAUGAGCACGACGGUGACAAUGAGGAACCCGAUGGAGGGAACGAGAAAAAUGGGAAGAAGAGUCCUAGGACGAGCCGGGGCGGGUACAGCCGAGGGUGCCCUCGAAAAUCUCUUAGAAGCAAAUGAGGAGCCCUCCUUCAUGAAAUGCAAUUAAACCAGCGACUGCACUAGACGCUGAUCACGGCUUUAUUCACCCGGUCAAAUAAGACAACAAGAGCCAAGACACAAUAUAGCACAAUAAGAAAAACUAUAACAAAACUCACAGAUACAGUGCUUUCAUUUUAAUUGGAAAAAAUGUGCUCGUCCACAUGAACGAGCAAUCAAAACAAUCUACUAGAAAAAUAACUGACAUGGAUACUUUUCAGUGUGCUGAUAAGAACUUGAAAAACACAAAAAUCAGAACGGUUG